UAAUAUCAUGCAUACCUAUAGGAUCCUCUCGUCAUAUACUAUAUAGGUUAUAUAGGCGCGUGAUAAAGAAAACCUUUCGUUGGGCUCGAAAAGGAAUUCCACAGCAACAAAUUGUUGAUCAACGAUAAACAUUUGUUUACUUUUAGGCGUACAGUCCUAUGAUAAUAAUAUUAUUUUGAAUUUUUUUUCUCUAUCGCUGAUGCUGAUCUUCGUUCAAUACGACCUACUUUUGCCGUAAACGUCGAGGUUGGCAGUUAUAGUUUAAUUCGAUAGUCGGUCAUAAUACAGUGGUGAAUAUUUAUCAUCAAACCUUUUUCUGAAGACAUAACGAGAACAUGACGUCGUCGAAGUACUGUUUGAAAACUCGUAAUAGAAUGAAACUUCCAAACGCUAAGAAGUUGGACAACGAACAGGACCAUGAUUUGUUUCUAUCAAAGUUAACUUCGGCACUUUGUUGCGACAGCUUCAAUAGACUCCCGCUUAACUCCACUUUAGGACGUCUUCCAUUAUCUGAAUUAGCUCAGGAACUUAAAACAGGGAAAUUGAUAUCAAAAUUUGAAGAUUUUGAUUAUUACACUGAUGGUGAAGAUGAAUCACCAUAUGUUUAUACAUGUUCAUUUGUAUUGGCUAUAAUGUAUUUUGAACGACUUAAAGCAUCAAAUCCUAACUAUUUGAAAUCUAUUAACUCAUCUGAAUUAUUCCUGAUAUCUUUGUUGGUUGCAAGUAAAUAUCUUCAUGACGAUGGUGAACUAGAUUCGGCAAUAAAUAGUGAGUGGGCUAUAGCUUAUGGUAUUAGUCUAAAAACUAUCAAUCAAAUGGAAAAAGAUUAUUUAUCAGCUAUGAAUUGGGAAUUUUUCAUAAGUGAUGAAGAGUUUACAAAUAGACAUAAAGAAAUAGUUAAUCAACUCUAUGGUGAUAUCAAGAAAUCCAACUGUGUACUGUUGAAAAUGUUCCUAUUGAUCUCAUCAGUUGUGCAAAAAAUAAGAAAGUUGUACCGAAAGAAAAUUGUACGUCAGAAAAUGAAACAUAUGAUCGCUAUGUCAACUGUUAUCACUGUGGUUACUGCAACUACUAUGCAACUUAACUCUGGAAAUCAAAAAUUGGUUCAAGAAUUGUAUGAACGAAUUGAGUCUGAUCCAAAUUACCCAACAAUUCCCUCUAUCCAAACAAAUAACAUAGUAAACUCAGAAAAUGUGAAAGAUAUUUCUAAAGAAUGGCCUUCAUCUAAAUUACUACAGUUGUUAGACCAUUUGUUACUAAUGAACAUAUGUGUAUCUAAUGAUGAUCGUCAACAAUUUCAAACUACCUUUAGUAAACCCAACAAAAACCAAUUUCGAAAUAUUACAGAUUUCAAAAGUAUCAUGUUUUUUAAUUAUUUAACAACCCUAAAUUAUACAUAUUGAAAUUAACUUUACUUUUGUGGUUUCUCAAUUUACUUAAAAUUAAUAUUUUGUGCUAUUCAUCAGUUUUUUUACAUGUGUUUGCUACAACAAGAAAUUCAAAAACAUACGUUUAUAUUAGAAUAUAUCAUAAAUAAUUUGUAAUUAUAAUAGCUUUUAUAAAAGUAUAAGGUACAAAAAUUAUAUAUAUUUUUUUUUUUUUUAAUUAAUGAGGAUUUAUUUUUAAUGAUCAGAAGGAUAAAAUUUAAAUAUCAAAUGUAUUUAUAAAAUAUAUUUUUUUAAUUUAUGAGUAAUAAGUUAAUCAUAUAUGAUUUAAAGUUAAAUUUAUUUUUUAGUUCAAUAUUCUGAUUAUUAAAUACUUACUACAAAAAAUAAGUUAUUGUGCUAUUGAUGAAUUAAUUAAAAUUUAAAAGGCUGAAAAAAUAUUAAAAUUAAUACAUUUGUAAUUUAGGUCAUAAAUGACUUUCAUUUUUAAUAAUCAUUUUUAUAUCUGGACUGUUAAAAUUCAAAAAGAUUGUGAUUGUUAUAACAAGAAAAAAUUGAUUUAUGGUAUAUUAAUAUAUCAUAUAAAAAUUAAAAUAAUUAAGCAGUAUAUUUGUGUAUAUAGUGUAAAACAUUAUUUUAUCAGUAUUAAGAUAAGAUACAAACAAUUAAAAAUCUAUAAUUUUAUUAAAACAAUCAAACUUGG